AUAGAGUGUUUCAUUUCUCACCAUUUAAAAUGCACGAUGCUUUUCAAGUAACAACAGUAGUUGAUAAGUUAAAUCGUAUAGAAUCUAUCUUUGCUCACGGAGACAGACUCUUGAUUGGCACUGGUUCGGGUCAGCUACUUGUCUUUGACAUUAAAGAACCACUAGUGGCAGACGAUAAUGAAGUGCCCGAAGUAACACUUUCCAAGACUAUAAAGACUUUCUCAAAGAGACCUAUUGAGCAACUGGAUAUCAUAAAGGAAAUUGAUGUACUCGUGUCACUCUCAGACGGACUGGUCAGCCUACAUGAUCUACAUACAUUUGAGUUAAAGAUGGCAUUGGCCAAAACAAAGGGUGCCAACCUAUUUGCAGUACAAACCAUGGUUGAAAUGAGCCCUGAGGAGCAAGUCCCAGUUCUGACCACUCGAUUGGCUGUGGCUGUGAGAAAGAAGCUACUUGUGUUUAUUUGGAAGGACACUCAGUUUUGCGAGACAAAGGAGUUGAAUAUACCAGAUCGAAUCAAAGCGAUGUCCUGGGUGGGGGCCACAAAGAUUUGCUUGGGGUUCCUAGCAGAGUAUGCCCUGAUGGAUGUAGAGCAAGGUCAAUUAACAGAACUAUUUGCCUUAACUGGACAGGCUGAAGCAGGGCCUAUGAGCACUUUGAACAGUCUUUACAACAUGUCAAUAGGAUCAAGAGGAGGAAAACCGAUGAUUACAAAGAUACCCAAUAACGAGAUGCUUUUGGCUAGAGACCACAUCAGUAUCUUUCUCGGAUUGGAUGGUACUCCAACACGAAAGGUGGGUAUUGAGUGGUCAGGAGCACCAGAACAAAUUGGUUAUUCUUAUCCUUAUGUGAUUGCCAUUCUUCCAAAGCAUGUGGAAGUGCGAAACAUCCAAACACUGUCCUUAGUGCAACACAUUGAUUUAGCAAAUACUAGAUUCUUAAAUCAAGGAAAGCUAGUCUAUGUAGCAAGCACUUCACAGAUCUAUCGUUUGACUCCCUAUAGUUUUUCAUCACAGGUAGAUCAACUCGUGGAAAAGCAAGAGUAUAAAGAAGCAGUCAGCUUGUUGGAUCAAAUUGAUGCUGUACUUGUCCAAGACAAGGAAGCAAAGCUCACUUCGAUUCGUACUGCAUAUGCUCAUGACUUAUUUCGACAUGGAGAGUACGAUAAGGCACUUGAGCUAUUCCAAGAACUGGACACGUCACCAGAAGAAGUGAUCAGUUUAUACCCAGACAUGAUUGCCGGUCAUUUGGCUAAGAAGGAAGAAGAUGAGAACAGCAAUCAUGAUGGUGAUACCAAGAAAAGCAUCGAAGAGGAAAAGAUAGAGCGACCAGCAAGUCGGGCUUCGACUAAAAGCAAAGCGACUACAGUCGCAAGUUCCAUCAAGCGGGAACCUGUACCACUCACCGGAUUCCAUCUUCGUGAUGCUGUCACAUAUUUGAUUCGAUACUUGACAGAUAAGCGACAGAAACUUGCUAGAAAGUUGAAUGAUCCUUCUGUCAAAUCACCCAAGAGUGAUUCUGUAGAUAAUCAGUCUCUCUUGGACCAAGCGUCGUUGGUCGACACCACUCUUUUGAAAUCUUACAUGAUGACUAAUGAUGCACUCGUCGGUCCAUUGCUCAGAGUUCAAAACCAUUGUGAUGUUGAAGAGUGUGAAACGAUCUUGAUGGAGAAAAGAAAAUACAAGGAACUUGUCGAUCUUUAUAAUUGUAAAGGAUUGCACGGAAGAGCACUUGAUUUACUACAAAAACUUGGAAAUCAACAGGAUGGGCCCUUACGUGGCGUCCUGCCGACUAUUCGAUACUUGCAGAGAUUAGGAAUAGAAUAUUUUGAGCUUGUACUAGAGUAUUCACGUUGGGUGUUGGAAAAGGAUCCAAAACAUGGCAUGGAUAUAUUUAUUGAUGAUCUAGAAAAGACAGAAACAUUUCCAAGAGAUAAAGUGUUGAAGCAUUUAGAGUCUAUUUCAAGUGAUUUAGUCAUUCAAUAUUUGGAGUUUAUCAUUCAAGAACUUCAUGAUGAAUCUCCGGAAUUUCAUAAUAGACUUGUUAUUGUCUAUCUCGAUAAAAUCAAUUCAAAUAAAAAGAAAAAUGUAGGGGAUACCUAUGAUACAAGGUCUAGACUUCUUUCAUUCUUGACAGGAUCAUCCUUUUAUAAAGCCGAAAGGAUAUUAACGCGUCUUCCGGAUGAUGACCUGUUUGAGGAACGAGCUAUUCUGCUGAGUCGAAUCGGACAGCACGAUCAAGCACUUGAUAUCUAUGUAUAUAAACUAAAAAACUACGUCAUGGCAGAAGAAUAUUGUACAAAGAUAUUCCGAGUGGAUGCUAAAAAGGGUGAAGAGAUGUACUUGACUCUGUUAAAAGUGUAUUUGAAUCCCAGUAAUCAACAAGAACCAUUGAUUCAACCAGCGUUGGACUUGCUUGCACAUCAUGGAUCACACAUUAAUGCGAGUGAAGUAUUGUCUAUCUUGCCUUCCGAGACACAGUUACAUGGUUUAUUCCCGUUCUUUGAAAAAUAUAUUCGUGCGGCAAACAAGAGAAGAAAUAUGGAUUUGAUUGUAAAGAAUCUAUUAAAAGCAGAACAAAUACAGGCUGAAGAACAGCUCAUGUAUUACAAGUCUCGAGCUGUCAAAAUCACAGAGGAUCGCAUGUGUCCGCAGUGUAACAAACGCAUUGGCAAUAGUGUAUUUGCUGUAUUUCCGAAUGGUGUCGUUGUUCAUUACUCUUGUAAAGAAAAGAUUGAACAGACACAAUGGAAAGUGACAUAAGCUCUUUAUCGGAACUGAUAGGAGGAAAAGGAAGAAAGGAUAUUGUAUCACAUUUUGAUUUCAUAAAAGAGUGUAAGACUCUUGAUAAAUAAAAGCAAGAUAAGGAAUGGGAUAAAAGGCGUUAUUUCUUUUUCUUUUUCUUUUUCU